UUGUUGUGUUUAGAUAACAUGCCUCUGGAACAAAACAAUCCAUCAAUAGCCAAGAAUCACGUUUACCAGUACGAAGAAGAUCUUGUACUUUUACUACUCACUACUCAUGAAACUAAAAAACACUUCAAUUGGUGUUUGAGGUGAAACUGAUGCAACUAAGGUCUGAGAUUAUUGAUUCUUAACACAUGCAUUGUUUACGAUUCUUAAGGAGGAAGAAAUUAAACACUUCAUUAACCUCGUCCUAUGUUACUGUAACCAAACAUCAAACACUCACCCAAACCCACCAUGCGCAUCAUCAUCAACAGCAUAACAAUGUCAUUGCUUCCAACAAGAUCAUCGCCAGUUACGUUCGAUCCGGUGACGUUGAUUCUGCUCUCCGUGUGUUUGAUAACAUGACAGUGAAAUCCACAAUUACCUGGAACACUAUUCUCGCUGCAUUUGCAAAGAAACAUGGGAGUUUUGAAAAUGCUCGUAAACUGUUUGUUAAAAUUCCUGAACCAAAUACUGUUUCGUAUAACAUCAUGUUGGCAUGUUAUUGGCACCAUUUUGGUAUCCAUAGUGCACGUGGUUUCUUUGACCAUAUGCCCGUUAAGGAUACAGCGUCGUGGAACACUAUGAUUUCGGGUUAUGCUCAGGUGGGGUUGAUGGAUGAGGCACACAGGUUGUUUGUAGCAAUGCCGGAGAAAAACUGUGUCACGUGGAGUGCGAUGGUGUCUGGAUAUGUGGCUUGUGGGGAUAUAGAUGCUGCUGUGGAGUGUUUUUAUGCUGCACCUAUGAGGAGUGUGAUUACAUGGACUGCCAUGAUUACUGGGUACAUGAAAUUUAGGAAGGUUGAAUCGGCGGAAAGAUUGUUUACGGAAUUGUGUUUGAAGACUUUGGUGACAUGGAAUGCUAUGAUCGCUGGGUAUGUUGAUAAUGGUAGGGCAGAGGAUGGGUUAAAGCUUUUCAAGACAAUGUUGGAAACGGGGGUUAAACCUAAUAAUUUGAGCUUGACUAGUGUGUUGUUGGGUUGUAGUGAUUUAUCAGCUUUGCAGUUCGGUAAACAAGUUCAUCAAUUAGUUUGUAAAUCUCCAUUGAGCAGGGAUACAACUGCAGUAACUUCAUUGAUUAGCAUGUAUUCCAAGUGUGGGGAUCUUAGGGAUUCAUGGGAGCUAUUUGUUCAGAUUCCGCGGAAAGAUGUUGUAACGUGGAAUGCAAUGAUUUCUGGUUAUGCUCAACAUGGUGCUGGCAAAAAGGCUCUUCAUUUGUUUGAUGAGAUGAAAAAUGGAGACAUAAAGCCAGACUGGAUUACUUUUGUUGCUGUAUUAUUAGCCUGUAACCAUGCAGGAUUGGUAGAUCUUGGGAUCCAAUAUUUUAACUCAAUGGUUAAGGAUUUUAGUAUUAAGACUAGGCCAGAGCACUAUGCAUGCAUGGUUGAUCUUCUUGGUCGAGCUGGUAGGUUAUCUGAUGCUGUAGAUAUGAUAAAAAGUAUGCCUUUUAAGCCACAUCCUGCUAUAUAUGGUACACUUCUGGGUGCUUGUAGGAUCCAUAAAAACUUGCAGUUGGCUGAGUUUGCUGCCAAGAAUCUGCUUGAGCUUGAUGCAACUAGUGCAACUGGAUAUGUUCAAUUGGCUAAUGUUUAUGCGGCACAAAACAAAUGGGAACAUGUUGCUAGGAUCCGAAGAUUAAUGAAAGAAAAUAACGUUGUGAAGUCCCCUGGAUAUAGUUGGAUUGAAAUAAGCAAUGUUGUACAUGAGUUUAGGUCAAGUGACAGGUUGCACCCUGAAUUGGUUUCUAUACAUGAAAAACUAAAUGAAUUGGAGAAGAAAAUGAGGUUGGCAGGCUAUGUGCCAGAUCUUGAAUUUGCAUUGCAUGAUGUAGGAGAGGAGUUGAAAGAAAAGCUUCUUUUAUGGCAUAGUGAGAAACUGGCAAUUGCAUUUGGACUUUUGAAGGUACCAUUAGGGGUUCCAAUCCGGGUGUUUAAAAAUUUGAGCGUUUGUGGAGAUUGCCACUCUGCAAUCAAGUACAUCUCAGCUAUAGAAGGAAGAGAAAUCAUUGUUAGAGAUACCACAAGGUUUCAUCAUUUCAAAGAUGGGAUCUGCUCCUGCAGCGAUUACUGGUAAGCUCGACGGUGUGCAGCUUACACAAUGGUAUUAAAUUUAAGGGCAUGCUUUUAUUACAAGAGCAAUGCUCUCACACUCUUCACCUUGAAGUUGAUUUGUAAUCAGUUAUUCACAAAAGGAACACCGCAACCUUCAUUGCUCUAGCAUCGAAUUAAAUCUCCUAUUGAGUUAGUUUGCGAUGGGUGUUGAUGUUGAAUUACUCUAAUGGUAUUUAAGUUAUAUGGGCAGAUAUUGUGUUAGAAUACGGAGAAUUUGUUAACUUCGUUAGUUGUUUGUUUAGUUAGGGAUGUAUUUGUAUAAAUAGGGGAAUUAUGGAGUUAGAAUUUUGAAUAUUGUAAACAUUGUGAUUUGUGAAUAGAGUAGUGACUCUACCGUGAAAGGGAAACCCUUGGAGGAGAGAUUAUCUCCUAUUCAUUCUUAUAUUCUUAAUUCAAUUGUUCUUUCUAUUCCAUUAAAUUCUUGGGUA